AUGUCGGACAGCCCACCAGCUCUAGCGUCCUCACCAGCAUCUCCUGUGGCCGAUUCCAGCGAGUGGAUGCAUGUUGGGCCAGAGAUGGGGGAGGCGGAGUAUGUUGUUGCCUUACAGAAGUUGGGCAUUCAAAUGGCUGCCAGCAUCCCACAGAAGCUCCAGGAACGGGCUGAUACACAGACCAAAAUGAAGAACACGGUGGGGAAGGUUCAGAAAUUGUGGAUGUGGCAGAAUUCACCAGAUGCUUCCAGAUCACCAUGGGUUCAGAAGAUCAAAGACUUCAUGGAGAAAGCCCACGAUGACCCAACACCAGUGGGGAAGGGGGCAGAGCCGGACAGCGAUGUCAGCAGCAACAUCUGGGGUGACCAACAGCUUCAACUUGUUCUGGCUGAUGAUAUUGGCCUUGAAGGCGCAUCCAAGGAACCUGCAGCCAGCUGUGACCAGGGAGCAGAUGGUGCAGGCCAUGAGGGCGAGUCCCAUGAACCGGGAUCUAAGCACAUUGAGGCUGCCAAUGCCCUCUUCACUGAUGAGGAUCCUGAAGCUUUCAAGGAUGCCUUGAAUGAGAUCAAACCAGAACCUGUGGAUGUGGAGCCAGCUCAUGGGUCCAAGUCCAAGAAGCGUAAGAGAGUGGGCGAAGCCAGAGUGGAAGUGCUUCUCAGGCAGCAGGCGCUGAAACCCAAGUCAGAUGUUCAGGGCAACAAGCUUUCGGGUGAGAAGGGAAAGUCGAUGACGUUCGCCAAGAACAUCAAGGAUACCUGGGAUCAGGUGCGAAAGAAGAUGGGCAUGGCUGACCCAGAGGAAGUUGAUUAA